CAUUCAUCUAACAGAGGUCCAGGGGACCAUUCCUCAGUCAGUGUGAGUCAGCUGUCCUGUGUCACACAGCCUGGACACAGCAGCUACUACAGGUAGCAGGGAGGACUGCCUGGACAAGGAUAGGCCGGUCUGGCACAGAUUGAGGUUCCUUCCUGCCCCGGUUUCCCACCCUUCCUGGAGCCAGCACCUCUGGCACCAGGAGCUGUCUUCCUCCCUAGCAGGUUGGCAGAGACUGGGAGCUUAGGACUCCAUGACCUUCAGUUACCCCUAGGAGCCUGGAACUGAUCUGUGUGGAGGAGGAACUGGGAAUCAGCAGCCACAGGAGGCGUGGCCCACCUCACAGUCUCCAGGAAUCCCAGAUAACUGGGGUGACAUUGGUUAAUAUUCACUAGCAGCCUCCUCUGUUUCCACUGCUUAAAUACAGAUGAGGACAGGGCUCUGUCUCCUUCGUCUUGAUCACCACCGCUGGCCCUGGCACAGAGAGUGGACAAUGCUGUCCUCUGUCUCUUGGGGCCUCCUGCUGCUGGCAGGCCUGUGCUGCUUGCUCCCUUGCUCCCUGGCUGAAGAUGCUCAGGAGACAGAUCCAUCCCAACACAAACAGGAGCACCCCGCCAGCCACAAGAUCGCCCCCAACCUGGCCAAGUUUUCCUUCAGCCUGUACCGGGAGCUGGCCCACCAGUCCAAUACCACCAACAUCUUUUUCUCCCCUGUCAGCAUAGCCACGGCAUUGGCCAUGCUCUCCCUAGGGACCAAGGGUGACACUCACACCCAGAUCCUGGAGGGGCUGGAAUUCAACCUCACAGAGACAGAGGAAGCUAAUAUCCAUGAAGGCUUCCAGAAUCUCCUCCAAACCCUCAACAGGCCAAACAACCAGCUGCAGCUGACCACCGGCAAUGGUCUGUUUGUUGACAAGACUCUUAAGCUGCUGGAUAAGUUUUCCGAGGAGGUCAAGAACCUGUACCACUCAGAAGCCUUUGCCACCAACUUCAAUGACUCCGAACAGGCCAAGAAGCAGAUCAAUGAUUAUGUGGAGAAGAAAACCCAAGGAAAAAUCGUGGAUUUGGUGAAAGAACUGGACAAAGACACAGUUUUAGCCCUGGUGAAUUACAUUUUCUUUAAAGGCAAAUGGGAGAAACCGUUCGAUCCUCAGCACACCACGGAAGAGGACUUCCACGUGGACGAGGCCACCACCGUGAAGGUGCCCAUGAUGUCCCGCCUGGGCAUGUUUGACUACCGUUACUGCAGCACACUCACCAGCUGGGUGCUGUUGAUGGAUUACUUGGGCAACGCCACUGCCUUAUUCUUCCUGCCAGAUCAGGGGAAAAUGCCACACCUGGAGACAACACUCACCAAGAACUUCAUUGCCAAGUUCCUGGAUAACAGGGAGAUAAGAUCUGCCAAUUUACAUUUCCCCAAACUGUCCAUUUCUGGAACCUAUGACCUGAAAACAACCCUGAACACACUGGGCAUCACCAACGUCUUCACCAAUAAGGCCGACCUCUCGGGGGUCACAGAAGAUGUCCCGCUGAAGCUCUCCAAGGCCGUGCAUAAGGCUGUGCUGACCCUGGAUGAGAAAGGGACAGAGGCCUCAGGCACCACCAUUUUGGAAGCCAUGCCCAUGUCUGUGCCCCAAGAGAUAAAAUAUGACCGACCCUUCCUCUUUCUAAUAUAUGACACACACACUAAGAGUCCCCUCUUUGUGGGCAGAGUGGUGGACCCCACCCAAGAGUAACUGCUCUCAGGCUCCAGUCUUUCCCUCCAGGCCAGAUUCCCUCCCUGGAUAUUAAACACAGGCUACCAUGGCCCAUGCCUGAGUAUGACCUACAAAUCCCUCACCCUGUGGUCUCUGUGUUGUCCUUUGUGCCCUCAGGUUGUAUGUGGACUCCAAGUUACAGUGUCUGUCACUAUCUUCUGCAUCCACAUUCAUGAGGUUCCUGUGCUGGACAGGCACAGGCUGAGCCAGGGGGACUCUUGCUGAGACCACAUCCUAUAGCCCUAGAACUAUCUGUUUCCCAUAAUUCCAAUCAGUCUGGGAAUCCUGGAGGGAUCCUUAGGCCCCAGGACCCACCACACAGCCACAACCUUCUGAGAAUCCUUUCCACUGCCCACUAGCCCCCGACUGGUGUCUCUGCUGGAGAUAGCCACACCCACCCCAUGACGCCCUCCUAUGGCUCCCAGAGCCUCUAGCUCCUGCCCUGGCAUUGCAGAUGUAUCUACUGUCACUAAAGGGAGACCAUGUCCCUUCUCCCACUUUGUCACCUCACUUUGCCUGGCACCUUAUUCGUCCUGAGCAUUUCCUGAUAAUGGCUAGAGGAGGCUUCCCCCACAGGGCUGUUCAGGACACCAAGUGCUGUCUGUCCUUGUCAUCCACCUCUCUCUGGAGGCCUCUCAUCUCUGUACAGCAGGCCCUUCUCCCCACUGAGCAGAAGGGGCUCUGGUCUCAGCCUCUGUCAUCAUGUGAUCACGGUGCCCCGCGUGGCUCUGAAAGGUCAGGGAAGGGCUGUGGGCUUUGUGAGAAGAAGGACAGCACCUGUGGACGCUCCAUGGACUCAGUCCUUUCUGGGGCCACAUGAAUCAGGCUUUUCCCCCAUGGUCUUCCCUGUCAUCUUCCAGGGACAACCAUAGGUCUGAUGCCAUGGCAGGAGGCUACCUAGGAGCAGCCCUUGUCAUAAGGGCCAGGCAGCCCCUUACCGUCCUCCUUGGCCCUACUAAAAGCCUGCGGCAGCCAGAAGUCCAUGGGCUCUAGUGAAAGGCAACUGCUGCCAGGCUCCCCCAGGAUUCUCCUGCCCGUCAGUUUGCUGUUCAUCACAAACUGAUCUAGGGCUUCCUGCCCGUCCUGUCAUGGGAGGAAUGUGGACAGAAAGUACCACAUGGAUCUCCAUGAAGCUGUCAUUUCUCUAAGUCUAAAUGGUCACAUCUGUGUGAUUUCAUAUGAUUCAGUCUCUUGCUGGUCCCAAAUGUUUCAUCAACAAGUGACAUGUUCCCUUUAGAGUAGUCACACAGCUUACGAUGAUUUGAACAUUAUCAUUCCCCAGAAACAAUCCAACACUGAGGGUCUGAAGCCUAGACUCUGACAAGUCCUGCUGCAUGAGUGAGUGGAGUUGGCAAAUCUCUCUGAGCCCCGGUUACUUAUCACCGAUAGUACAACUGUGCAAGUUGGGUACUGACACAGCUUUCACAAAUGCACCAGAGCAGGCUUGGGCAUAAGG